AUGAAUAGACUUUGGAAAUGGUUCAUCGGGAAAAGAAAUGAAUGCUCAGUUACUUAUUCUCGAUUUGGCGUACCUGGUGACGUUUUGGACGACCGUCCACGACCAUCAACCAUUUGUGUCGCACAGUUCGACGAUAAUGACCCGAAAUUUAUAUUCUUUAAGCUUUGUCAUGCUCAAAAAGCUGCUGUGGCUGUCGCUGGAUUUGGUAUGGCGUCUGUUAUUCUCAUUUUCAUAUCUGUAUUCUUCGAAUUUGAUUGGUACAGUCACAAAACAGGAAUCGAUAUCAUGGCAUUAGCUUUUUUUUUCUUAUAUCUUGGGAUUGGAUUACUUGUUCAUUACCAAGUAAUUGCUGGCAUUAAGAAGCAAGCUUCUUAUUAUCUUUUACCAUUUAUUGUAUCAUAUAUUGUUGCGAUCGAUACUGAAACGAUAUUUAUUUUUAUUCACAUACUGCAUAUACAGUCUCCAUCACUUGAUUAUUCUUUCAAGGCCGAAUCAAACGUUGUUUACUUAUUUUCUAUCAUUACGUUGCUUAUUAUAAUAUUAUUUCAAGGAUUCAUGUUAAAAGCUGUAUGCCAAUGUCGUUAUUAUCUUUCUUGUAAAGAAAUACAUUUAACUGCAUUGAAAGUUGCCGAAAGCAGUCGUACGAAAUAUCCUGGAAUCCAUGUUGUUUUCGCUUCACCUAGAUUUAAUGUGAAUCAUCCGGUGAGCACAGCCAACGGCAAUAGAGUAGCUGAUGGAGGCGUAAUCGAACAGGGAAUUAAUUCGGUAUGGUAA